AUGGGAAGCAAGGAAGAAGCUGCGAAAGAGCCAGGGACAAGCAAGUUCGUGACAGCAGGUGGACGAGCAGUUGGGGUGGACUGGCGGCGUCUCAAAGAAGUCGAAGAUUUUUUCAAGUCAUUCGAGACCCAAGCCCAUAGUCUUCCACGCCUUUGUCGAGAUUCUGUUGUCGGCGCAGAUGCUUUGCAGUUUCCUCGUGAGGCAGUUGCCUCAACUGGCUCUAGCAUUGAUGACCAAUACUUCAGCAGCAGCAGCAGCAGCAGCGGUGUCCGUGCCAUUAUAGGUCAGGCAGGGAACGAGCCACUGGGCAAGUUUAUGACAGCUGGCGGACGAGCAGUUUCAGUGGACACCGCAGAUCUGCGAAAGGUCCAGGCUUUGUUUGAUUCAUGCGAAACUGAGGGCAGCAAAGUCUCGUGUGGUGGAGACGGUUCUGUGGACACUGCACCACCCACGAUGUGUUUUGCUGGCAAUGACAUACUCGGACAUUUGCCGCAUCUGCCAAGCUCAGACAUUCGCGACUACCCUGGGCAUGCUGGAGAUGUUUCCGGCACUGAUGACGGAAACGUGCAUCAUGAUGCAUCUGCCAUGCUAUGCCAAGCAAUGAGCGAACCAGUGGGCAAGUUCGUGACAGCUGGCGGACGAGCAGUUUCAGUGGAUACUGGACACGUCAGCAAAGUGCAGCAGUUGUUUCAAUCAUCCGAGGCUGAAGCUAUCAAUCUUCUGUCAUGCGUGCAAGAUGAUCAGGUGGCCGCGCAAGAACCGGCGUUGCAGCUGCCUCGUGCCGAAGAUCAGGCAUGCCAAACUCCGGAUUGCCAUGAUCUGCUCCAGAUGUUGAACCCACCGAGUCUGACACACUCUGAGAACAGGCCCGUCAUUGGCCCUGCAGAAAACGACUCGGCAACUCAUGGCCAAGAUGGCCAGCAUGAUGUGUUUGCCAUGAUAGAUGUUGCAGCGUGCGAAUCAGUGGACAAGCUUAUGACAAACGAAGAAGGAGUGGUUUCAGCGACUGGACUACAUGAAUUACAGGCUUCGUUUGAGCCAUGUGAGCCCAGAGCCAGCAAGCUGCGGUCGCGCAGUCGAGUCGACUCGACUGGCCGUGAUCAUCUACUGCGGCAUCAGCCAAGCCCAGACAUUCGCGACUACCCUGGGCAUGCUGGAGAUGUUUCCGGCGCUGAUGACGGAAACGUGCAUCAUGAUGCAUCUGCCAUGCUAUGCCAAGCAAUGAGCGAACCAGUGGGCAAGUUCAUGACAGCUGGCGGACGAGCAGUUUCAGUGGAUACUGGACACGUCAGCAAAGUGCAGCAGUUGUUUCAAUCAUCCGAGGCUGAAGCUAUCAAUCUUCUAUCAUGCGUGCAAGAUGAUCAGGUGGCCGCGCAAGAACCGGCGUUGCAGCUGCCUCGUGCCGAAGAUCAGGCAUGCCAAACUCCGGAUUGCCAUGAUCUGCUCCAGAUGUUGAACCCACCGAGUCUGACACACUCGGAGAACAGGCCCGUCAUUGGCCCUGCAGAAAACGACUCGGCAACUCAUGGCCAAGAUGGCCAGCAUGAUGUGUUUGCCAUGAUAGAUGUUGCAGCGUGCGAAUCAGUGGACAAGCUUAUGACAAACGAAGAAGGAGUGGUUUCAGCGACUGGACUACAUGAAUUACAGGCUUCGUUUGAGCCAUGUGAGCCCAGAGCCAGCAAGCUGCGGUCGCGCAGUCGAGUCGACUCGACUGGCCGUGAUCAUCUACUGCGGCAUCAGCCAAGCCCAGACAUUCGCGACUACCCUGGGCAUGCUGGAGAUGUUUCCGGCGCUGAUGACGGAAACGUGCAUCAUGAUGCAUCUGCCAUGCUAUGCCAAGCAAUGAGCGAACCAGUGGGCAAGUUCAUGACAGCUGGCGGACGAGCAGUUUCAGUGGAUACUGGACACGUCAGCAAAGUGCAGCAGUUGUUGCAAUCAUCCGAGGCUGAAGCUAUCAAUCUUCUGUCAUGCGUUCAAGAUGAUCAGGUGGCCACGCAAGAACAAGUUUUGCAGCUGCCUCUUGUUGGGACGAUGAAGCCUCCUCUGCCUAGAGCGGCUCCACAAAGCUGUGACCAAGCAGUUGUUAGAAAGGCCACAGCCUUUUCACGAGCCUUGUCAGAAUGCAGCCAGAACCUUGUAAGCGUCGAUCGAGAUCUGGCACACGGCCUCGCUGGAAAGCUGCAGCCUACAAGCAUUCUCAGAGAACGGGCGGGGGCUCAGGACCAGCCGGCCUGCCCUACUGUCCUUCGGGUAGCAGAAGAUGCAGGUCAUCUCUUCAGCGAGGUUGACGGGCACUCUGGCAUGGGCAGCAGUUUGGGCAAACGUCUCUUGGCAAGCGAUGUGCUGGCCUCUCACCGGGAAGAUCUUGAAGAUAGUUUGCCAGUGAUCGACAUCUCUUUGAUUGAUUGGAUGGCCGGCAAGGCUCCUCCCUCCAUUGUUCAGGGUUUCGUGGAGGAAUGUCGUGCAGAAUCCAUUGAGAUCUCAUCCAGGUAUGAGGACAGGUGGUUGCGGAAUCAUCUGGCACAGUUGGCACUCCUGUCACUACGAUCCAUGGAUGCCGUUUCGAGAGACGCUAAGUCGAUGUGCAAGCGUCUAGGAAAGCGAGCCCGGGCAGAGAUUGCUGGGAGAAGGUCCGCAAUUUUCCAGAUUUGCGCGGGACUGGCCCCAGCCGAUCAGCACAUGGUGUUGAUGUGCACGGCAACUAUGGAAGAGGGACCAAAGACAGGCAGAAAGAGAAAGUCGCAACGCCUGGCCUAUUCACACGACACCUGGAUCGAGCUGAGCGACGGCUGGUAUUGCAUCAAGGCCAGCUUGGACGCAGAUUUGCACGAUCGCGUCCGCCGCCGUCAGCUUCGCCCAGGAAGGUUGCUCCACGUUUGCAUGGCUAGUGCCUUGGACUUCCCCAUUGAUGGCAGUGACCCGUUACAACUACCAGAGACUACCAGGCUCCAUUUGCGAGAAUGUGGCUGCCGCCCGGCCUCCGCUAAAACUAGCCUUGGUUUCCAGCGCGGAUGGUUUCCGCCAGCCAAGAUCAACCAGCUUCACAGAGGACCGGUGCUGAUUCCCAGCUUGGAUGUCGUUGUGCUACGAAUACUACCGCCAGUGGUACGCCACUGGAGAAAGGUGCAUGAAGACAGCUCUUCGUAUUGUCUUGAAGAGAGAGGCAUCUCGCAAGAGCAGCGUCUUUGGGAGGAGGAUGUACAGCACAUCGAAAGCAACAAGGUGCCGGAGAUGGACCCUGGCAAGUUGCAAGUCCAGGUCGUUGUAAUAGACGCGCAAGCGCUUUCUCAAGCACAUCCUGGCCGUGCUUGGUGGACUUUCGUGGCCUUGCUGGCUAUACCCGGGACACAAUUCAUACAACAGGACCUGCUCAAGCCCUUGGACCGCCUUCGCAUCAGCAGCCUCAGGAAGCCCGCGUGCGACACAGCACUUGGUCCUGCUCGAAUCUUCUGCAACAGGAACGCCCGGUUGCAGCACCAGCAUGGUGCGGAAUGUGCCACCAUUGGCCCGUUGCUGCGGUCCCCGUUCGGCAGAGGUCCACCACUUUUUGCAAGUCCUCAAGUGGCGCCAGCUGACCACUUCAGGGGCUUCUUGUGCGACUUGAUUGGUGUGGCGCUUCAGGCAUCGAAGCCGCGCAGAACCACCAGUGGACGCCAGACCUGUACCUUGUACCUCCUCACACCUUCGCUGAGCAUUUGUCAGAUCUUUGUGCAGCAGCCCUCCAGCAAGUUCGAUGUGAAGCACGCACCUCGCCUCAUGGACAUCCAAAGAUCGUGGAAUGAGCUUGCCGAAGCGGCCUCUGCUGCUGCACAUAAAGCAAGGUUCCCAACACCUCUGGCCGUACAGAACGUGGCUUUUGAGCAGUCUCCGAGCAGCGAUGUCGCAUAUUUCAGCAGCAAGGCACUUCAAAUCCUCGUUUCAUCUUCGCCACGCGAUGUGCAGCUGCGGCACAUCCUGGACUUGUGCUUCGUGUCUCCAGCGGAUUUUCUGAGAGCACGCAGCCGUUGCCAAGCAAAUCUGGCCUAG